CACUCUCAUACUAAAUAACAUACUGUCUGAUUAAAAAAACCACUUUUAAUUACAUGAAAUAUAUUAUUUAUAAUUAUUUAUCACGUGAGCGUCUUCUAAAUGUAAAAAAUGUGCUGCUGUGUGUGCUUUUGUCCGCUAGAUGUCGCCCUUUAGUUUGGUGUCAGCGUGAUGCAAAACUGAUGAUAUUGAAAUAAACGGAAUAAAAAGUAAGAAAAGUGAAAGUGUUGGCGUGACGUGGCGUGUUGCGUGUACUUUUAGCUUUUUAACCACGCCAGGUGUUUGCACAAGUGUGUACUUUUGACUCUUUUCCCACACACUUCCCUACGUAAACACGUGUUUAUUUCAUUCAUGCGUGGUCCCAUCGUUACGUCACGCGGGGAGGCGCGCAUGCAGUCACGCGUGGCCAAUCAGGCGUAGCGAGCACGCGCCUCGGCUGUUAUAAAACUCGCGGGAGGACGAUACAGGCCGAUUGAUACCUCACGAGUCGCUUACCCUCGUCCACGCCCGUGCACGUCUCACCUGCGCUCGUGCCUGAGCCCUCCAGGUCUCCAGUCGUGACCAUGUCCACCUCAGCCAGUUCCAAGCUGAACAAGGUCGUCAAGCGGCAGUACUUGGACCUCCCCCAAGGAUCCCGGGUCCAGGCCAUGUACAUCUGGAUCGACGGUUCCGGAGAGGGUCUGCGCUGCAAGACCAGAACUCUGGACUCGGAACCCAAAAGCGUCCAAGAUCUUCCGGAGUGGAACUUUGACGGCUCCAGCACGUACCAGUCCGAGGGCUCCAACAGCGACAUGUUCCUGGUCCCGGCCGCCAUGUUCAGAGACCCCUUCAGGAAGGACCCCAACAAGCUGGUCCUCUGCGAGGUGCUGAAGUACAACCGCCAGGCGGCAGAGAGCAACCUGCGGGGGAGCUGCAGGCGCGUGAUGAGCAGGGUAGCCAGCGAGCAGCCGUGGUUCGGUAUGGAGCAGGAGUACACCUUGCUGGGCAUGGACGGACACCCCUUCGGAUGGCCCAGCAACGGCUUCCCGGGCCCGCAAGGUCCGUACUACUGCGGCGUGGGCGCCGACAAGGCGUACGGGCGCGACAUCGUGGAGGCUCACUACCGGGCGUGUCUCUACGCCGAGGUCCAGAUCUGCGGCACCAACGCUGAAGUGAUGCCCGCCCAGUGGGAGUUCCAGGUGGGGCCGUGCCAGGGCAUCGACAUGGGCGACCAUCUUUGGGUGGCUCGCUUCAUCCUGCACAGAGUCUGCGAGGACUUUGGCGUGGUCGUCUCCUUCGACCCCAAACCCAUCUCGGGCAACUGGAACGGCGCCGGCUGCCACACCAACUUCAGCACCAAGGACAUGCGCCAGGAAGGCGGGCUCAAAGUCAUCGAGGACGCCAUCGAGCGGCUGGCCAAGCGACACCGCUACCACAUCUGCGCCUACGACCCCAAAGGCGGGCUGGACAACGCCCGGCGCCUGACGGGACAACACGAGACCUCCAACAUCGACCAGUUCUCAGCGGGCGUGGCCAACCGCGGCGCCAGCAUCCGCAUCCCGCGCGCCGUGGGCCAGGACAAGAAGGGCUACUUUGAGGACCGCCGCCCCUCCGCCAACUGUGACCCGUACAGCGUGACCGAGGCGCUGGUGCGCACCUGUUUGCUCAAGGAGGAAGGGGAGGAGCCUGUCGACCACAGCUAAUGACAUGCCCAUGAUCAUGUCACCUGUUGCCACUUUUCUACCAUAAUAAACUUUCAUUUCUACAAAAA